AUGUUCAGAUUUUCCAAUUGGGUAUCCGGGACCAAAUUCAAUGGUGUAACGGAAAGGGAGCAAAGAUAUGCGCACCACAUGGCACGUGCCGCUUGGUAUGGAGCUCGUAUCAUUCUAGAACAAGUCUCUCCAGAGUCUCGACCGAUUUUCGAUUUCAUUCUUGAGCUUCACCGGGCCUGUUCUGGGAACUGGGAUGCAAUUGUUGGUCAAGUAGGCAUGGAAAGGGACCAACUGCAGCAAUUUCUCACCUACGCCGCGACAUUCCUUUCAAAUGUCGGCAAUCACUAUGGCUCGGGGGAUCAGAACCUCGGUUUCCUGAGCGAUACUACGCAGAGCAGCUACUACCCUGGCGACCCGGUUUCAGAAGAGGAGAUAACCAUGGUGUCGAGGAUCCUUGAGCAGAACUCUAUUCUCCCCGAGAAUACCCGGAUUCGAAGGGCGAACAACAGUGCAGAUGACUCUGAGGUCCUUGUCGCUUCGGUCCAGCGUGACGACGACGCAAGCCGCAUCCGUACCUUUCCCACCCCAGGCCUAAAGGGUGUGAUACGACUGAUUCGAGGAGACCACUCCUCUGCGUUGGGAAACAUCUGCAACGAACUCACCCAGGCUGCGAAUUUCGCCGCCAACGACACCCAGGUCGACUUCCUCCGGAAGUAUGCAGAAAGCUUCCAGACAGGCAGUCUGAACACUCCCAACGGAUUUGAGACCGGGACGAGGCACCGCGCGUUGACUUCUCGAGCAUCCACCGAGGAUGGCUUCAAGAAUGUCAUUAUUUCCAACAGGAUGGCGACGGAGAGCAGGGCGCUACAAUACCCUUUCAUCGACCCCUCGGAGGCAGAGACGUUUAUCAAGCACAAGUUCCCCGCGUACCAUUGGUUGGUUGUGCUCCAUGAGCUGCUGGGCCAUGGUACAGGACAAAUGAUGGUCGAAACCGAGGAAGGGAAGCAUAAUUUUGACAUCGACAAUCCGCCUAUCAGCCCGCUUACUGGAAAGCCGAUGCCCGCCCUAACCGCCACCGUUUGGGGCAGCAUCAGGAUGAUUCUUGCGCAUGCGUCCUCGGCCUCCGAGGCUCUCAAGACGUCCUUGACAUGUUAG